UCAGUCGGUAGCAUGACGGAGGGGUUCGAUUGCGCGAGCUGCAAGGAGACCCUGUAUGGGCGCAAGUACAUCCAGGUGGACGAAGGGCCGUUCUGCAUCCCUUGCUACGAUGCCCGCUUUGCCAACACCUGUGACGAGUGCAAGGAGCUUAUUGGGCAUGACUGCCGGGAGCUCUACUACGAAGACCGCCAUUACCACGAGGGCUGCUUCCGGUGCUUCCGCUGUGACCGCUCAUUGGCUGACGAGCCCUUCACUUGCCAGGGAGAGGAGCUUCUCUGCAAUGACUGCUACUGCCGGGAGUUCUCUUCCCAGUGUGUUGCCUGCCAGCAGAUUGUCAUGCCAGGUUCCCGGAAGCUGGAGUACAACGGGCAGACGUGGCACGAGCACUGCUUCCUCUGCACCAGCUGCCAGCAGCCCAUCGGGGCCCACUCCUUCAUCCCCGACCAGCAGGACCACUACUGCGUCCCCUGCUAUGAGAGCAAGUUCGCUCCCCGCUGCACACGCUGCAAGAAGUCGUUGACCAAGGGAGGAGUGACCUACCGGGACGAGCCAUGGCACAAGGAGUGCUUUGUCUGCACCAGCUGCCGGGCGCCCCUGGCCGGGCAGCACUUCACCUCCCAGGACGACCAGCCGUACUGCGUGAAAUGCUUUGGAAACCUCUACGCCAAGAAGUGCAACGCGUGCACAAAGCCCAUCACGGGGUUCGGAGGGGGCAAAUACGUCUCCUUCGAGGAUCGGCACUGGCACCACAACUGCUUCAGCUGCUCCCGCUGCGCCGCCUCGCUGGUGGGGAAGGGCUUCAUCCCCGAGAACGAGGAGAUCCUGUGCCGCGACUGUGCUAGCGGCGACCUCUGAAAUGCCGCCAGGCCACCUGUCCUUCAGGCUUUGCAUGUGCCCAAAUCCCUUCCUGGAGCAGCGGGGCAGGAGGGGGUGGGCGGGUGCCCUCCCCAGG